CACUUCGACAGCAUUCCCCAUACACGGCGCAGUCCCUGCGCACGAACAAAUGGCGCCGCGAUACGUCCUCUCGAGCGACUGCGAAAACUUCGCCGAGUCGUCGCCCGACCCUCUCGCCGCCUCAUUCGACGAAGUCCAGUCGCGCGCACCCCGCAAACAACAGCCUCUCACCGCGAGCUCGCCCAGCAAGCAGAACCGCAUCCACGUCGCGUCGCCUUCCAAGCAGAUGCUGCUGAGCACCCCGCGCACCGCGGGCCGCAGUCCAUGGCGCAUCAAGGUCACGGUCCAGGCCGAGCCUGGCAGCGACUGCGAGACCUUGGAGUCGUCGCCCAUCGUGAAUCACGUCACCCACACCAAGACAACCACCAUUCCCCUCAAGGAGCCGGAUGCAUCGUCGCCCGUAAAGCGUCGCGGACGGCCGAGAAAACACGACGCCACGCCAAAAAGAAGCGCCACGCCCGUGCGAAAGCGAAUGGCAACCAAACCGCGCCACCCGAGUCUGGGAGACACCAGCGCCGCUGACGUGGACACAGACGGAACUCCUAAAAAGAAGAGGGGGCGCCCGCGGAAGGCGCAGCCGCCCGCCGAGGACGACAUCUGGGGCCAGGCUCGCCGGUCGAGCGUGGGCGCCCAUGAAAGCGGAGCCCUUGCCGAAACAGAUCCAACGCCCAAAAAGCGAAGAGGGCGCCCACGGAAGAGCAUUCAGCCACCAGUUCAGGAAGAGCAAGUCUUACCCAAUGAGCAGCAUACGCCGCAGAGCUCUCCCAUACCGGAUGGCCCGGAGUCAGAGCUGCACAACGAGACCGCACCAGAUCCUAAUAUCAAGAACGACGGUCACCCUGUGCCGGAUCUUCCAAACCCACAGGAACAGAAAAUUUCCUUGAAGUCCACGCCAAGUCAGACAGAUCUGUCUCGGAAACUCCAGGCGCGCAUGAACACACCCGUAGCCAAAGCCCAAGAUUGGAUCGAAAUUUCUUCGGGCGAAGAUUCCGAGGCAGAAAGUGACGUUGACAGCGAGGUUCCAAUCUCCGAAGGGCAUCUCCACGAGCAAGCUGAAGAAGCCUCACACCAUCUGAGCAAGUUCGAGGCUCUGCCCAUCCGUGCAACCCAAACACCGGAAACUGAAGACGAUCAGCUUGAGGAUGAUACCCAUUUUGCGUUCGAUGAAGGGGCUACGAGAAUGCCCGACGAUACUACCAUCAUAGAUAGCGAGAACUUCAGCAUGAUCUCUGUCGAUUCGUUGCCUAGCUGCGCUUCUGUGGCGAGGCCUGCACAUGGCGUGGCACGGGAUAGUUCCUCUCAUAAGCCGCCCCGGAAUCAUAUUUAUCUUGAUGUGCCGUCAGAAACCUUGCAUGGGGGAGCCGAUCAAACGACGGAUACUCGUAUGAUACAUACUUUGCCUGGGCAACCAGCAACAGCACCGCCUCGGUACAAGACGCCUUCGGUAGAACCAGUCGAUCGCUCCAACCCCCCGCCAGUGGCCACUGCACGGACGUCUCGUACAGAAGCUCAAACACCCAGAAUCGGAAGGGUGGUCAAGGCAGGAGUUGCUCUUCAAGGCCUGCUGGAUCCGAGCCGUGUCACGCCAGAUGCUGGACCUUCGAAGACCGUGAACGAACAUCGCGACCACCUCGAUGAUCUUUUCCGAGGCUUCAGUGAGCGAACCAGGAGGGAAUUGCAUGCUGGACUGCGGCUAGGAGAGCAGCUAGCGAAACGCAACGGACUGAAUCAACCUUCCUCAUCUGCGCUUUCGAGUCCCAGCAAGAACAUAACGUCGGAUCCGCCCGUUGUAUCACAAUCCUCUCGCUUGCUGACGCCCGAGGAUCAACACGGCGACACUGCCCUUGAAAUGCAAUCGACUGAGGUGCAAUACCUGGUCCUGCCGGGUGACAACCAAGGGCCAGGUCUACUCAGCCCAGUCAGCAGUCCUGAUGAGGAUGGCGACGACAUGAGCUGCAGAAUCGACACACCUCCCGUGCGCCUGUUAGCCCACACAGGUACCCAGCUUCCCUCUGUUCACCAACCCUCGGAAGCUACUCGCAGAAACGUGUCAGACAUGUGGGAAGAAGAAGCCAGCCGAUCACCAGCUGUGUGUAAAACAGAGACCGGACGCAGCGACAGCGCCUGUGAACACCAAGAUCUGUCCACACAAGACGGAGCCGUGAAACAAGCUCGCGAUAAAAUCCCAAUAAGGCGUCAAAGAAAGGCUUUGGAUGACUUCCUCUGCAGCGACCAUAUAGAAGCCGAAGACGAUCGGAGAGUCACGCCAUCAUCUACUGAGUGUGAUGAUAUGCCUGCGCGAGCCGUAGACAAGGGCCAAGCCACGGUCGUGCAGGCUUCAGCAUCUACUCAGCUCCAAGAUGAUCGCGAUGAAGAGCCCGAGGAGACCGAUGAUACCGGAAUGUUCUUCCAAGCAAACUUGCCUAACCUCUUCAACAAGAAGCGCUGCAGGGAGUUCCGACGGAGACGAGCUCCACAGCAAAACAUAUCAUUGAAUCUGGAUGAGAGCUUACUUCCAGAAUCAUCUCCUCCCCCGGUUGCUAAAACACCCUCAACGGACAGACCGAAUCCUUUCAUGGAUACGCCACCACAGCUCGCCGCUAUACGUUCUUCACCUGCCAAGAGCAGUCCUCUGAGGCAGGAGUUACAAAGCUCUGACAUAUCGUCGGAUCCCACACAGCAGACCUUUGAGGAAUCCACUCUUCCACUAGCUCCUAGCUCUCCAUUCCAUACCUACGUUGAAGGCGAUACCGGGUUUUCCAUGGCUUCAGAUCAACGGCAGUUGAUGCAUGAGAUGGCGGAAACCGACUCAAGUCUGCGUCGCAUUCGUGUCGAGGCAGACAAAUAUCUGGAUGCAUAUGUGCCACAAGAACGCAGUCUGCACGACCUCACCGAGAUCACGGAGACGAGCAGAACCUGGAACAAAGACAGCAAUAUCCUUAAGUCCAGUCCACCUAAGCAUACGCGAUGUGCGCCAGAACCAGUUUCCGGCAAGACCCCAAACAAAACGAAGACCCCGGCCGCGUUACGUAUCGAGAACAAUGAAUUCUCACAACAACGGGACAAUGUGUAUGACAUCCAGACAUCACCUCGCUCACCCGCAAUGAGGACAAGAUCGCCUGCUUCCAUGCAUCCUACUCUUUCAAAUCUCGACUCUCUGCCAGCUGUUGAGCCGUGGACAAAAACACAUUACAAGGCACUGGACAAGCUUUACCAGCUGUAUAAGCAACAGCCGUCCAUUUUUUCCACCACUGAAGCUCCCAACGCUGCUCUCAAUGCCACCCUCUUCACCAACUUUAUGAACACUACAACAAGCAACUUCAUUGGAGCACGUUACCGAGCCUGGGGUUACAACGUGAUCUUUACGGAUGCGCUUGUGGUAUUAUGCGCUGCGUUUAUGCAGCUUCUCACCCUGAAUAGUAUCGAGGAGUAUGAGGCGAGGGUUAGGAAGCAGAUACAGGUUGGUGAUUGUCAGCCGGGUCAUGACGGAAAUACGAUAAGUGCAGAGGCAGUGGUGGAAAGGCUUGCGACGGUGAUUCUAGGAGAGGCAUUACACGUUGCUAUCACAUACGAAUCGACCCGGGGCCGGCACCGACGGAAACUCGUGACCCCGAGAUCAAUGCUUCGGAAAAUCGAGACUCGGGAAAGGGCACCAAGUCAUCCGAUUCGGAACCGAAAGGGGUCCGGCGUUAAUUUCGGUGAUUCUUGCGCAACUAUCGGAUCACUAUCGGACCCCCAAUUGGCCCACGACCAUCCGGCACGACAAAUGUCAAGCGGCUGGUUGGACUACAAGACUCAGACGAUUUGGAAUAGUUCCCUGGGCGACCAAGGAACACUUACGGAGGGGUGCCGGUAGACAAUACCCUGGCCAACUGUAUCGACAAAAAGUAUAUAGACCAAGCUAGGUACUGU